AUGGCUUCUGACCACGAAUCAUCGCCAUUAAGCCUUGGUGCUAAAUUCACUCGUGAGGUCGAGCAUGCUUUGGCGCGAGACUCUUCACAGUCAGCAAAGCGAGUCUUUUUUGAUGUUUGGCGAAGACUAAAGCCUGAGUACGAAGCAAUGCACCAAGCAUUGAAUCAAUACCUAAACCGCCAGCUUGAAGAGAGCUCGAUACGUGCGACAUUGUAUAGCAGGCUGAAAAAGGACGAUUCUAUCUCCAAGUCCAUCGACCGUCGCGAGCAACAUUGGGGCACGACAUACGAUAGCCCCAAGCUGAUACUGGACGGUAUCCACGACCUUGUGGGGUUUCGGAUCAUUGUGGACUAUCCCUCUGGUCUUGAUCAAUCAUAUCAAUUGAUCAAAAAUCAUUUCUCUGUGGAAGGGAUCAAUACCUUCUCCACAGAUCGUGACGUGGGCGUUCUGUGGAAGCCCAGGUUUGGAGCAUAUGAAGGCAAGAACUUCCAAGUUCGGAUGAGCCCUGAUAAGCACAACACAGGCCUUUCUGUCUACUACGAAGUGCUAUUUGAGAUUCAAGUCACCAGCAUCGCAGAGAGUCUAUACAAUCGAUUGGCGCAUCCACUGCACUACAAAAAGUCAUCGGGCACACUAUCUCGACAGGACGAGAUGAUCAUUGAUAUGUCGCACGGCCUUUCUCUUUGCUAUUGGAUUACUAUUGCCUGUAUGGAAGAAACACUGGAAGGAAAAUCAGGGAUCGGCGACCAGACAAGCCCACUUCCGCACACUGUCAGAAAGAUUGCUGGACAUGAUGCUGAUGAUACCCUAGACGACCUGGACGACCUUGUGAAGAUUACACCCGAGAUUCCAGUCAUAUCAGGUGACAGAUCUCUGGGAAGUUCAAGAGCCGGAUCAUCAAGACUGAAAAGAACUGCACCCUCAGACGACAUCGUCUCUAUUGAAAUACUCCUUAAAUCACUCAGUGAUAUUCGUCAGGAGCACCGGUCAGACGCCGAAAUAUGGAAUGGCAUCAGAGAUAAACUUGGAUUGGAUAAUGGGACCUACAACGGAUUUCUGAAAAGUUUUACAUAUGAUCGAAUGAAUGACAGGAAGACCUCAAUUCACAAAAGGCAUCGCAACACGUUCGAAUGGGUCUUCGGGGACGAGGAACUUGAAGACCACCGCUCAAUAGACGACGUCAACAGUUCUGAUGAUCUCUGGAGCGACACCACGUCAAGCAUAGAAAACGGAUAUUCAGAAGAGAUGGACAACCUGCAACAGAAAAGCAUUCAUCGACGAGUUGAAGUACCCAGUCUCGCCAAUUGGCUACAAGAUGAUAUCAGAGGUCUCUACUGGGUCAGUGGAAAGCCCGGCUCAGGCAAAAGCUACUUCAUGAAGUUUCUCGAGAGGGAUGAGCGGACUCAGGUAAUGCUUCAGAAAUGGCAGCCACGAUGCCGUAUUAUCUCACACUACCUUUGGAAACCCGGUAGCGACGACCAAAGCAGUUUCAAGGGGAUGAUUUGCUCACUCGUUCAUCAAAUCUUGCACGAUGAGAAAGCCAUCGCCAUGCGCCUGUUGCGUGAAACACGAACCUUUAGUUACAAAAAUUAUGCAACGGACUGGGAUACAGAAGAUGUGGAGAAUUUACUUUUCAAUAUUCUCAAUCGCUCAACUCACCCAUAUCUUAUCCUUAUCGAUGGAUUAGACGAAAUGUCCAAGCCCCAUGAUGGUAUGAACCAAGUAUUUCAAGUUUUGGAUGCCCUGGCCAAACUGGACCGAGUGAAGGUCUGUGUGUCCAGUCGUCCUGAGAAUAUCUUCGUCGCCAGAUUCAAAUCUCAGCCAAGCCUCCGGAUGCAAGAUCUUACCUUGAAUGAUAUCCGAAAGUACACAAUCGAUAAACUUAAGGAGUUAGAUCUCGAGUUGGACGACGAGAAAUUUGAGAUGGUUACCUACCAAAUCUCAGAGAGAGCAGAGGGCGUUUUCAUAUGGGUCUACAUGGUUUUGAAGCAGAUAAAACAUGGAGUUGACGAAUUCUGCGAAACCUGGGAUGAUAUAAUCGAUCGUGUUGACGAGCUACCAAGUGAUCUCAUGAGUCUUUAUCGGAACAUGCUAUCGAGAUUUGGUGAUAAUGACGAAAGGUAUAUCAAGAAAGCCGCACGAUACUUUCAAUACAUUCUGAAGAAACCCGCGAGAGUGCGAUGCGACAUCGCUAUGCUCUCUCUGGCAGCGAAUGAGAAUGUCCUAGAUGCUUUCACAACGCCAGAGCAUACCCCUUGCGCAGACGAAUGGGUGAAGCUCUGUAGGACUACUGAAAAUACCUUUUUUUCGAUCUCUGCCGGACUCUUAGAGACAAAAACUGAGGAAGAUUGGUUCGGUCACGCAUUGACCUCAGAAGGUGACAGCAAGAUCAUACCAUGGGUAGCAAAAUCAGUCGACUUCAUACACAAAACCGCCAUCGACUUCUUAGAGAGCGAGGAAGGGAAACAACUCUUCGGAAAAUAUGCAAUGGGCACCAAAGACAUACUCAUGAUGUAUGUCAAGGUACACCUUGUCCUCCGUUCAGUCACCCGCCACAGUAUCCACCCUCUCCUGUUUCUUUUUGGGGAUAUUGUGGACUCUCAUAACAAUCCACUCGGUGAGAUGUUCUACCGUGACUCUCAUGAUGUACUAUCUCUAGUUCACGCUUGUUCUAUCAACAAGUCACGAGGACUUGUGCGUCCGCCUCGUUCCGUGAGCUACGAGAACUUUUUCCUCUUCCAAAUUUCUCACUUUUACUGCUAUGAAUAUGUUGAAAGCUUUCUCAAGUCUUGCACUUAUAGUCUUGAAGCCUCAGCUUAUGCUCUCAUCGGUGCGUGUGAGUCGGACGUGACUUUGAGUCAAUACUAUAGUGGUUCCUACAAACGCUUCGAAGUGAUCCGGGACAUCUUGAGGUAUCAGUCAACGGUACAUGGUAGGAAAAAUGAAGGCCCAUCAGUUGAGAAAGUUCCAAUUUUGCAAAUCAUGUGGGCUUGGCGCUGCUUCCUGUUGCACGAACUUUCAUGGUAUAACCAACAAUCUAUGGAUAAUGAUAGCAAACAGUUGUUUGGAGAGAUUUUAGGCCUGUUUGUCAAACUUGGAGUUAUGGCCGAAGUGCCAGGACCAAAAUAUCUACUUGCAAGGCCGCAGAGGCUGAGGUUCCAUGUUGUAAAGGACCUACACGACCACCAGUCCGAUCUGGGGUACACAAGCUUGGAACCGCAAGGACGAUCUCAUCAGCAGGCUGAAACAAUUUACAUUGAAGUAAACGAUGCAUGGUUACUUCGUCAGCUAUUGGAAAGGAGGCACAUCUUGCAAAACGUCGAGCAUAUGAUGAAGGAUGAUCCUUUUAUGCGUGUUCUACUCGCCAACAACGGUCGUGAGUACGGCGAAGAAGAGACCGACUUCUUCUUCAUAACAACCAACGAGGAUAUAAAAGAUGACCCAGUGGACUCAAUCACGCAAUUGGAUUACAUGGCUACGUUUCCUCAUGAAGAGCACAGCAACUUCAAGGCGACCGCUUUGGGAAGGUUUACGCAUGUCACCCCGGUUCUAGAGACAAUUGGGUACAAUCUACCGGACGUCAACAAGAGUCAUGUUUGCUUACAUGAGUGGACUUGGCUUUAA